AUGUCUGAGCGGAAAGUUUUAAACAAAUACUACCCACCUGACUUUGACCCAUCGAAGAUCCCCAAACUCAAGCUACCCAAGGACCGGCAGUAUGUGGUGCGGCUGAUGGCCCCCUUCAACAUGAGGUGUAAGACAUGUGGCGAAUACAUCUACAGGGGGAAAAAGUUCAACGCGCGCAAGGAAACUGUCCAGAACGAGGCGUACCUGGGCCUGCCCAUCUUCCGCUUCUACAUCAAGUGCACGCGCUGCUUGGCCGAGAUCACCUUCAAGACAGACCCAGAGAACACUGACUAUACCAUGGAGCAUGGGGCCACACGCAACUUCCAGGCCGAGAAGCUUCUGGAGGAGGAGGAGAGGCGGGUGCAGAAGGAGCGUGAGGAUGAAGAGCUCAACAACCCCAUGAAGGUGCUAGAAAACCGCACCAAGGACGCAAAGCUGGAGAUGGAGGUGCUGGAAAACCUGCAGGAGCUGAAGGACCUGAACCAGCGGCAGGCCCAUGUGGACUUCGAGGCCAUGCUGUUGCAGCACCGCCUGUCACAGGAGCAGCAGAGACAGCAUCAGCAGGAGGAGGAUGAGCGUGAGACUGCUGCCUUGCUGGAGGAGGCUCGCCACUGUAGGCUUUUAGAGGAUUCUGACUCAGAGGACGAGGCUCCACCUUCCCGACCAUUGGCAGCUGCAAGACUCAACCCCAAGGCCAUCCUCGACAAGGUUCCAAAGGCCAAAAGGAAGGCAGAAGGCUUAGGCAGCAGGGCACAGCUGGCGUCCAUGGUUGUGCUAAAGAAGGUGAAGAUGGAAGCCAACGGGGACUCAGAGCAAGUCCAGGUGCCGGCCGUGGGUGCCCCGGAGAGCAGGAAGGCAUCUGACCCCACACCACAGACACCUGGUGCCUCCUCCCUGAGCCAGCUGGGUGCAUAUGGAGACAGCGAGGACAGUGACAGCUGA